GGGAACCCCCGGGGCCCGAGGCCGAGCGGAGCGGCAGCGCUCCCUGGCGGUCCCGCCCGGGGCUGUCCCCCCGCCCCACACUCCCGGCCCCGCCCGCCGCGGUUCUUGCGCGGCCGCAGCCCCGGAUCCUCUCCCCGUGUCUCCCACGGCACAGUAAUACACCGCCGCGUCCUCGCGCCGGGGCCCGGAGAGCCACAGGGCGCUGGAACGGCGGUCUGCCGCCACCGACAGCCGCCCCGGCGGGGCCGACAGCUCUUUGGAGCCUUUGUGACCGAGUGCGAUGAAUGCCGGUCCGUGGCCCGGGAACUGACGGUGCACCUCCAGCCCCAGGACAUGUCCUGCUACAACCCCUGCCUGCCAUGCCGACCCUGUGGCCCAACCCCUCUGGCCAACAGCUGCAAUGAGCCCUGUGUCAGGCAGUGCCAGAGCUCCACUGUUGCCAUUGAGCCUCCUGCUGUGAUUGUGACCCUGCCCGGACCCAUCCUCAGCUCCUUCCCACAGAACACCGUCGUGGGCUCCUCCACCUCUGCUGCUGUUGGCAGCAUCCUCAGCUGUGAUGGAGUGCCCAUCAACUCUGGCUGCUGUGACCUCUCUGGCAUUUCCAGCCGCUACUAUGGCAGAAGGUUAAGAUAAAGAUGCUCAAAAAGCCCCAAGGGGACA